GUCAUAAACUGCUCAUUUGCAUAUCCCAUUGCCCGCAAGUAGAGCUCCGAGUUUUCGACUUGUAGUUGACUGGUACUACUCGAGUAAGUCAGAAUUUGGGAGGAGUGAGAGAAUAGCAAUCAGGUAGGCCUAAAAAGUAAAACUGUCCACCACGCCGACCUGAGAUGUAUUUUAAGUUGUUUUGGCGGGGUGCAACAUCGAACAUUGAGCGUCGCCUGGGAUAAAAUUAUAUUGUCAAAGUUUAUUCACUAAUUAGAAAAAAAUAAAAGCGGGAAUUCAGCAACGAUAGGCGCUACUGACAACUGGGAAGACGCAAUGAUGAUGGCCCCGCCGGUCUCUGUGGCGUUUCGAAGGCGGUGGUGGAUGGCCUGCACGGCUGUGGUGGAGAACCUUGGGUUUUCGGCUGUGCUGCUUGGCUGGGGGUCUCUGCUUAUCAUGCUAAAGAAGGAAGGCUUCUACUCGCACCUCUGCACAGAGAAUGAGUUGGAGGUGGCUAAUGCUAGUUCUGAUGAUACAGAGGGCUGGCAGAGCUGUGUGGCCCAGGAUGAGAUGCUGAACCUGGGCUUCACCAUUGGCUCCUUCUUACUCAGUGCUGCCACUCUACCACUUGGCAUCCUCAUGGAUCGAUAUGGUCCCAGACCCCUGCGCCUGUUGGGGAGUGCGUGUUUUGCAUUCUCCUGUGCAGUUAUAUCUGUGUCAGCAUAUCAGCCUAAAGUCCUCUCUGCCCUUAUAUUUCUUGCUCUGUCACUCAACGGUUUCGGUGGAAUCUGUCUGACCUUCACGUCUCUCAUGUUACCAAAUAUGUUUGGAAGUCUCAGUUCCACAGUGAUGUCACUGAUGAUCGGCUCAUAUGCGUCAUCUGCUGUCACCUUCCCUGGAGUUAAGUUGAUAUAUGGUGCUGGGGUGUCAUUCACUGUGAUAAUGUGGGUCUGGGCAGUCCUCGCUGUCCUGGUCUUCAUCAACUGUUUUCUGAACUGGCCGGUUGAGCCCUUCCCCACACCAGAAGAGAUGGAGAUGUCAGUAAGGAGAGUGUGUUCAGGUCAGGCCCCUCAAAAUCCCACGCUUACCUCAUCAGGGGAGAAGCUAGAAGAGAAACCAUACCAAGUGACUGAGCCGCUGACGGGUACAGGCCCAGCUGCCCCACCCUCCAUUCCAUUUCGGCGCUCAGUCUUCUCCCCGAUCUUCCUGUGGAGUCUGAUUACCAUGGGAAUGACUCAACUGCGCAUCAUGUUCUUCAUGGGAGCCAUGAACAAAAUGCUUGAGUUCAUUAUCACACAUGAUGAUCCUCAUUUACCUGAGGAAAUUCUGAAAAAGGCUGAGGAGAAAGUGGGCUUCUACUCCUCCAUCUUUGGCACACUGCAGCUCCUGUGCCUGCUCACCUGCCCUCUGAUUGGCUACAUCAUGGACUGGAAGAUGAAGGAGUGUGAGGAAAAGACUGACCAUUGUGGCACUCCCCUCAAGCCCAAGCGUGACCGAAACAUCCAGAAAUUGACGAACGCUUUGAAAGCCUUCAGCCUCACUAACCUGCUGCUCUUCCUGUUUGGUGUCACCUCGCUCAUUGACAACCUGCCACUGCAGAUUUUGUCAUUCAUCUUGCACACCAUGGUCAGAGGAUUCAUCCACUCUUGCUGUGGAGGACUGUAUGCUGCAGUUUACCCCUCUAACCACUUUGGUACUCUGACGGGGCUGCAGUCUCUUAUCAGUGCCAUAUUUGCCUUGCUUCAGCAGCCCCUGUUUAUUGCAAUGUUGGGACCUCUGAAUGGUGAUCCCUACUGGAUCAAUAUGGGACUACUGAUCUUCUCAUUGGCUGGCUUCCUGUUGCCAGGAUACCUUUUUUAUCAUCGCAGACACCUUGUGCAAGAGAAAGCAAAACUAGACAAGGAAACUGGACAGGCUACCUUGAAGAGUCAAGCUGUCAACCAAUCGGAACCCAAUGGCAUUAAUCACAUUAACAAUGUUCAUGUCCCAGAGAAUGCCUAGAGCCUAUGAAGGAUCUUUUUGUACCCUUUUUUACAAAAACUGCAAAGUCAGCACCAAAUAUGGCAAUCCAGAUGUUAGCUGGCAUGUUUUCAGUGAGUUUUAUGCACAUUUUAAUAGCUUCACUUUUUGGUGUCAUUUCAUUAAAGCAAUGAGAUUUCAUACAAGGACUUAAAAAUAUACAAACUGAAGAUUAAUCUGUUUUGCUUUUUGUUGUCAUCUUUUGGAUAGGGUUUGAAUUAUGUAAUUCUGAUAUUUGCUUUUUAAAAAACUUGUAUUUAUUCUGUGGUUUGAUUACUAUUGAAUGAAACUCAUAUUCCCAGUCCCCUGAUAUUCACACAAGUCACACAUCAAGGAGGCUUCACUGGACUGUUUGGACAAGCUACCUCAGCUGAUUGUGAUCCCUGUCAGACUGACCUAUGGGUCAGUUGGUUUGUCUGUGUCCUGUUUCAAUUCACCAAAGAGUCAAUAUAGACAAACACCGUGUUAUAAACCUUUUGGUUGUUUCCUAAAAAUGAUGAGGACAACACAAUUAUUUCAAGAAAGACCAAAGACACUUUUAAAAGCAUGUAAAAAAUAUGCAUAUAAUUUUAACAGUAAUGGGCAGAAACCUUGAGCAGCUUUUUUUUGUGUGUAUUUCAUUUUUGUACAUUGCCUAGCCAUUGAAAGGGAACAUUUGUUUCUACUCUAUGCAUACUAUUAUUGUAAUAUUUUGUUACUCAACUGUGUGAGCUCUCUGCUACUGCUGCUGUAUGAAAGGCAAUGUCAGUAUUUACUCAUUAUAUUUACUUAUUGCUUGCUCGCUUAAAAAGAUUUGGGUGAUUAUCAGCCCCUGGUUGUUAAAAGAUACAGUAUGACUCAACCACUGCUGAUAUGUCAUGUCAUGUUAAGUGUUUGGAGCCAAAUUUCUAUGUUGUCUUUUGUGUGGGGUUGAUUGCUUUUGAAUCAUGGGAUGUUCAUAGAAGCUCACAGACUGAUCUGUACAACCAAAGCAAUUCUAACCUGUGUUGAAAAGCCAUGUCUCUUAUAAAGCCAUUUGGGAAAUGUGGAAUAUGAUGGAAUGUCCCAAAUAAAUGAGCUGAAAAU